UAUGGUGGUACCCCUGACUACAGAGGCGUUGUGGUACAACUGGUCUCUAGUAGUCACCGAGGUGGAUACAGAAAAGUUGUCUCAGUCUUCUCAACGACAGAGGAAGAACCUUCUUGUUUGGCUAGGUGCUAGAGAGGUAUUGCGACUGGCCAGACAAGCUAAUCUCCACUUUCUUCCAAUCAACACUAGUCUGCUAAUGCCAAAUAUAAAUUAUCGUAUAGAAGUAGCAGCUAGAAACUUGCUAGGAGUUGUUGGACCCUCAGUUGGACUAGACCUACAGUUGGUAGAAAACAGUAAAGAUCCAUACAUUGGCUUGAUCAUAUUAAGUCCAAAAAGCACCCCAGCCUCACAACCCCUUCCUCUGGAAGCAAGGGUAACCUCAGGAUGUGGCGUUGUGUGCUUGGAUAACUUCAAGUAUCAAUGGGAGGUUACUAAGAACAACAGAACUACGGCCUUGUAUUCCAGUUGGUUCAAAGUGACGGUUCCUGGACAUUUGCUCCAAGACACUGGUCUCUACAAUAUCACUUGCAUAAUGUCUAACAACUCUAUCACCUUAGCUCAGGCAGACGUCCAAGUGUUGGUCGAGCCAGCCAAAAUAGUCCUGACUGUAAUACCAAAAAAUCUCAUAUUGGGAACUGGACAAACUCUUAAUUUGGAUGUCUCUAAUUCUCUGCAGAAUACAAAUAUUUCUAGUUUUCAGAUAUUCUGGAGAUGUAUGACAGUGGAUGGGCAGGAAUGCGUUGCUCCAGGAUCAAAACAAUUAGUAUCAACAAUUUUCAGUUCUGCUCUCUCUAAUCCAAAACUGAAGUUACCACCUGGUUCACUUUCUGUUGGAAGGUAUAAGUGGACAGUGGCAGUUGUGAGUGUACAAGAGGAAGAUGUUGUAGCAGUGUCAUCUGCAGAUGUUGAGGUUAUGCCUGGGCAUCCUCCCGUCCUGACAGUUGGGCCUCCGUCCAUCACUUCCCGGACGUCUCUGUCCUACCUGACUGUCUCAGGCUCUGCCGCAGAAGUGAGACCUGGCUGUAAACUCCAGUGGACGUCUCUGCCUUCUCUCGGGUGUAAUCUUCUUCCGUUUGGCAAUGCGAGUGGGAGUAGCAAAGAGUUGACAUCAGGAACCAGGGGAGACUUGACUCUGAUGUUACCAGCCAGAUUGUUGCAGCCUGGUGCUCAAUAUUGUCUACGGUUUUCAACAUUUUGCAGUGCUGCUGAAUACGCUCACGCAGACGUUUUGGUGCAAUUGGAUUCCAUACCGAACAUAGAAGUGCUAGAGGUAUCUCCUGCUCAAGGAGAAGCGUUGAUUACUCUUUUCAACUUCUCAACGAAAAGGACUACUAAGUUUGGCAGUGUUUACAGUUUUGGGUAUUAUCCACCGACAGGCUCGCCUGUUUAUGUUUACUCUUCUGCAUACUUCCUCUCCACUAAGACUAUUCUACCUGUUUUCAGUAAUGGAGGCAGCCAAGUUAAGACGUUGCUGAGAGUUUGUUCCGCUCAAAAAGUUUGCUCCUUUAGAGAUGGCCCUUUGAUCAACACUGCUCUUCCAACCUCGCUGACUCCACAACAAGUCAGAUAUUUAUCUAGGCUGACAUCAUCAUUAAUAGCAAGUGGUGAUCCGUUGGAGGCAAUGACUUUAGCCACUUCUAUCAUCAGCACCACUAAAAUGUUAAAGGACCAAAGCAGCAACCAACUCCUCACCAGUAGUAUCACUGAAGCAAUACUUGAGAGGAUCAAUCUUACCUCUCAAAGAUUGGAUAAAGACCCUUCUUCGAGACUGGACGCAAUUUUGUUUCUCGACUCCGUGACCAGAGUUCUUCCUCAGCUACAACUUAACGACUCUUCCUUAACAAUUGUGGUAGCCUUUCGGGAUAAAUUGGCCUCAACACCUGCAUCCAAGCCUAACCCCUCAGGGAGGCUCCAAUCUCAGCUAGUUAUGGAACCAAGGGUCGUCAGAGAAAAACGGCAGCAGUCAAUACCAACGGACAUACCUCCGGAGACUCCAAAUACAGUGGAAAUUUGGCUUAGAACUUCAGAAGCUGCCAUUCUUAGCUUUAGCCCAAGUAAAAGUCUAGAAGAAAAACAAAAACUGUUGACUAACCUGGACGGUUACAUAGCUGGACUGUGUCAGUGGCUUCCAGAUUCUCGACCCAUCUAUCUUGGUAGCCGUGUUGUGAACUUGAGUGUUCAAAAGCUAAGUACUGCAGACAAUGGUCAGAAGGUGAACAUUCCCAACUGUCCAGAUAAGUGCGACAUUUUACCUGCUAAGGUCCACCUAGGUAAAGAAUUUAUCAGCAAAUUCAUGAGAGUCAAUCUGGAUCCAAUUUGCCUCACAGGAUUUCAUUUUCCAUUCGGCUCAUUAGAUACGGUUUUCAAAACAUCGCCAGGCUUCAUUCAGUUGAGCUCGGUGUAUCGUCUAAAGAUCCUUACUUAUUCAUUGAGCAAUGUAUUUAAAGAAGCUCCAUCACCAACACUGAAACUGGGUUUUCCACUGGAGUCUCCUCUGCCAUCUCCACAACAUGUUAUCAAGUGUUGUAUCGUUGUGUCAAACACUUGGACAGCAGAUAGAUGUGAGAUGGUCCAGGUGAACGAAUCAGCAGUUACUUGCAGAUGUCCUCCCUAUGAGUAUUAUAGUGUGUUUGCCACAUUGAUACCAACAACAACAACAACAACAACCACAGCAGCAACAACAACAACUGUUACCACAACAGAAAUGGCAACCAGUGUUGCAACAGCUUUGCCAACUGAGCCACCAACAACAACAAUAGCCACAACAACCACUACUGUAACCAUUCCUCCAACAACGUCAACUCCUCUUCCAACAGUGGAUUCACAACCUCCCAAGAAUGUUGCUUUCAGGAUUGCAGAAAGAUUUAGUAAAGUAGUUGGAGAAAAUUCUACAGAAUUCAGUAAUCUAAUAAAAAAUCAGCUGAUAGAGCAGCUAAGUCUUCCCAAAGACAGUAUUUUAGACAUAUAUGUGACAGAUGGUAGCAUUCUGGUCACGAUGGCGUUGCGCAACACUCAACAAAUGUCUGCUGAAGAGUGUAUGAUGGAGUUGGCACAAGCGCUAGAUGUUGGUCAGCUAAAUCUGCGCACAGCUGACAAUCAACCUUUGGAUGUACCUCGACAACCUCUACAGGUCCUUAAAAAGACUACAGGAGAGAAGAGUGGACUGUCAGCAGUAUUUCUAGCUUCUGUAUCUCUGGGUCUGUGUGGAUUGGUUGCGGUUUACGUCACUUUGGUGACGAUUGUUACCAAACAUUCACGUAAAAAAGAGGCCUUAAGGGCUGUCCAGAGAAAGGCAGCUGACAAAGUUUCAAGGUAUUCAUCUCUUCCACUUCCGCAUUCUCUAGACGGAUCCAGCAUUCGAUACGGAACUUGGAGUGGAGAUGAUUUGGAUUCUGGAAUCUAUGAUUCUGAUGCUGGAAAAAGAAGUGGUGCUGGGAUGGUUCCAAAGCAUAAGGAUUUUCAGAGCACCAACUUGUAAUAAAUACAAUAAAACAGCAAAUCUACUGAUCAUACUGAUGGUUUUCUAUGAAAUGUAGGAAUUAAGAUUUUUACACUUAAUUGUUUCAGUUUUUUUC